GGCCGGGGGUGGCAGAAGCCCCAGGCACACCAUACGCCAUGGGGGUCCCCACUGCUGUCCUCUGCCUGGCCUGGGCCCUGGCCCUGGCAUGUGCCCACCCCCUGACCCAGAGCAAAACGGAGGCAGCUGGAGGAGGGCACCCCCAUGGGGCUGAGCCCCCCAGCAACGACACUGACUUGGCCCAGCUCUGCGCGGAUGAGGGCAGAUUCGACGCCACCACACUUAGCGAGAAUGGCACCAUGCUCUUCUUCAGAGGCGAGGAGGUCUGGGAGAGCUCCCAUGGGGGGUUCCGGCUCCAUGCCCGCCCCCUGGCCGCAUCCUGGCCCGAAGUGGGGGGCCCCAUCGACGCGGCACUGCGCCUAUACGGCUGGCAGCACCCCCAGGAGCACCAGAGCCUCUACCUCUUCCAGGCACGGCCACGGGGCGAGCAGGUGUGGGCCUACUUCGGGGGGCAGCUGCAGCCCGGCUUCCCCCGGCGCAUAGGGGACGAGUUCCCAGGGGUCCCUGGGGGGCUGGACGCCGCUGUGGAGUGCCACCCCGAGGAGUGCGGGGGCAAGACCAUCCUCUUCUUCAAGGGAGACACGGUGUACGCCUUCGACCUGGCGCUGCGGGUGACGAAGCCACGCUCGUGGCCGGGGCUGGGCCCCUGCGACGCCGCCCUGCGCUGGCUGGAGCGGUACUACUGCCUGCGGGGGACCCACUUCCAGCGCUUCAACCCCCUCACCGGCGAGGUGCCCCCCAGCUACCCCCGUGAUCUCCGCGACUACUUCAUACCCUGCCCGGGCCGAGGGCACUGGAACGCCUCGUGGGGGGCUGCCGGUGACCGCUGCAGCGAGAUGCCCUUCCAGGCCCUCCUCUCCGACGACACCGGACGCAUCUACGCCUUCCGCGGGGGUCUGUCCUUCCGCCUGGACUCGCUGCGGGACGGGCACCACGCCUGGCCCCUGGGACAGACGUGGCCGGGACUGGAGGGAGAGGUGGAUGCCGCCUUCGCCUGGGAUGGACGCACUUACCUGAUACAGGGCUCCCAGGUCUCCAUCUUCCUCUCGGGGCAGGGCUACCGGCGGGUGCUGGGUUACCCGCGGGCCCUGCAGGACGAGUUGGGGGUCUCCAGCGCCGACGCUGCCUUCACCUGCCCCCACUCUGCCAACCUCUACCUCAUCACAGGGGACCACAUUCGGCUGGUGAACCUGACGCAGACGCCGCGGCAGGCAGGCGAGCCGGUGCCACUGCCCCACGACCACGUGGACGGCGCCAUGUGCACCAACGACGGCGUCUUCCUCUUCCACGGCCCCAGCUACCAUCAGUACCACAGUGUGGCCCAGCUGCUGGGGGCCAAAGAGCUGCCCUCCCAGAGUAUCGCCACCCACUUCUUCCACUGCCCCCAGUGACCGGGGCUGGUGCCACCGCCUGGGCCCCCAUGGUGCUGCCAGUCCUGGGGCUCUGCUGGCCCUGGCAUGUCUGUGGCUGGGAUGCAAUAAAAGCCAGGGAGACCCUGA